GCAAUCUCAAGGUACAUUCCCAUCAAAACGCUGUUAUCUCAAGAGCAGAGGUUUUUGGAUGGACAAACAAUCAGAAAUCGCACUGUAACACAAGACAUCAUUUUUGAAGGAAAAGUUCAAGAUGAGCUCCUACAACGCAAUUAUUUUUGUCAUCUGCUUCUGCAUCGCGGUGUCGAACGGAACUGGGGCCAAGAGAGUGAGCUCAAGAUUCACUUUUGGGAAUUCCACCUACGAAAUUUCUGCAAACAGGGCCGGUUGGGUACAAGCAAAGAACGAUUGCAGAAUAAAAGGAAUGAGGCUUCUGAGCAUUGAAAGUGCUGAGGAAAACAAUGCAGUCCUUGAAAACAUCGUGUUAAUGCCCGGCGAACGAUUCUGGACUUCGGGCUCCGAUCUAGGUCACGAAGGCGCCUUCUAUUGGGAAGCAACGGGGCAUUCGGUGGGCCCCUUCAUCAACUGGGCCCCUGACCAGCCUGACAACGCUCAGAGUAGAAGUGAGCACUGCAUCGAAUUGUGGCAUGAGGCAAACCAUCUAUGGAAUGACAAUAAGUGCGACACCCAAAGCCUUUACAUUUGCGAAGGACAUCCUUGCGAAGAAUGAUCGGAACCAAACACUGAAAGGCCCCACUUAUAUAAGUUGAAUU